AUUUAACUAUUAUCCAACUUAUAAAGGUCAUGAAAAAAUUUACAUAUGAUCUAAGUGCCAACGUCUAUAUAUUGUCAAAAUAUCAGGUGUUACAAGCUAGCAAAGGCCUAAACGCAUUAUCACAAUAUAUAAAGUUAGUAAAAAGAGAAAAGUAAAAUUUUAUAUAGACAUGCCCGAAGAUAAUUGAGAUGGGCUCAAGGCAAUCCCAACCUAAAAUUAAGGUCUAAAGUGGCUGGGCUAUUCGGAUUUUCUGCCACAGAAAAAAAUUGAUCAACCAAUAUGUAAGAUUAUUUGCAUUUUUGUUAUAAAAAAAGAAAAAUAAUUACACGAGUAAAAUUCGGACUAAAUAAUUUUUCAAAUCACUCAUUUUUCGCGAAAUGAACUUACCUAAAGAGUCCAAUCAUUUUCGGUCCACCGAAUUCGGACCAAGUAGUUUUUUCCUUCUAUAUCUAGGUGUUAUGUGGUUAAUAGUUUUAUGUCAAUGUGAGCCUUCAAAAUUUGAGAUAAUGUCUAUGUGGCAUUGGGCAUCAUCUCAAGAAGAUGUAUAUAUAUGUUGACACAUAACUUUUGCCUAUUUAUUUAGGACUUAAAAUUAGGGAUUACUUUACCAAAAAAAAAAAAUUAGGAUUACUUUCUAAUCCCUAAACAAAAAAAUAUUUUUCAUUGAAUUGCAUUACAUAAUACAUAUAGACAUUAGGAACAUUUGCAUUACUAGUAUUAAUUGUCAGAAUUUUUUAAUUAAUUCAAAUUAUAAAAAAAAGAACGCGGCAGGGCUGGGCCAGGGCCAGACUUAGCCCGGCCCCCCUUUGUUUUCUUCUCUCCUCUUUCCCCCCGCGCCUCCCGUUCUCCCGUUCUCCUUCUCUCCUCCGCCUGGUUUUGGACGAUGCCUCGACGGCAAACGACGUGCGAUGAAUGUCGCACGGUACGACCGGCCUGGGCCAGCUGGCAGCAGCUGGCAACGCUGCUUAAAAGGGGGGAGAGGUUCGACCGAAAGGGGGGUCUCUUAGGCUGAAAAAUCCAGAGAGAGAGAGGGAGUGAUCCGACGAGAGAGCCGCGAGAGAGAGCCGCGAGUGAGAGCGAGGGAAGAGAGUCGGAGGGAGAGACCGCCGGCCACCGCGCCUGAAUCGUGCCCGACUACCUGCCGCCGUGCCCUCCUUUCCCGCGCCGAAGCUCCGGUAAGCCUCGACCCUAUUUUGGCCCUGUUUUCGGGCGUGCUGGGCCGGAGCUCGCGGUCGUCCGGCUCAUGCGAGCUCCGGCCCCGACCAUCCUUUCUCCAGCUACUGUGUGUCUUUUUUUGUUUGUCGAGAGUCCCGUCGAGAAUCCCGGUUGAAGUUGAGCGGGAACCUCACGAUUCGCGAGCGCCAUUCACCCGUUCGACGAAAUGCUCAAGCGAGAUCUAGUUUCAUCCUCCCGUUUUUGGCCGAAAUCGAGUCGUCCGUGCACGCCGUGAUCUAUGGGAAUGUUCCAGUGGUGUUGGGCGACCUUCAGCGUCGGCCGUGUAGUCGUUCGCCCCGUUUCCAUCGUCGCCGUAGUUUGUUCGGUGUUUGGCCGUGGUGUGGCUCUCGGCCGGCGGCGGGGAGGUCGGCCGACGAAUAGCGUUCGGAGUGGACGACGCUGGGUGGUAGCUCCGCGGUGUCCUGAGCGCCGGCGAGGGCUUGUCUAAGUGGCGUCGGUUCGUGUGAGGAGCUUCGGUGAAGAAGAGCGCAAGGGGGAGGCGUGCUUCGGGAAGGAGAGAACAUGGAGAAGAAGAGAAAAUAGAAAAAUAAAAGAAAAAAGAAUUAAAUAAUGAAUUAAAAAAUAUUUAAAAAAUUAGUUUUUAAUUUGAAGCGGGUCAUAUCCCGGUAGGCGGAUUAGGUUAUCGGGUCGGACAGGGUUAUUGCCCAAACCCUUUUCCAGCAUAUAAUAAUAAUAAUAAAUUUUAAUUAAAAAAGUUAGUUUAAAGUAUAUAGUUGCUAUUCAUUUUUAUGUGGGUCCCAUCCACCGUGAGAGAAUCGUUGCUGCCCACCGUCGACUUCAGUCAGCAGUGGAAACAAAGGGAAGAGAGAGAGGCAAGCCCGAAAGAACUCAGAUAAUUUCUCUAUUUUUUAAUUUUUAAUACUAUAAAAAAUCUAAAAUUUACAAAUUUGUGCCAUAUUUAACCUAAAUUAAUUUUCGUGUAACCAGAGUUAUAUUUUUCCAUUGUUCAUAGACUUUUCAUCAACAAGAACCUCAACUUUCUAGGAAAGUUGAAAGCCUCUUUUGCAUUCUCCGUUUACUUUGUUGUUGAAAGACUGUAACUAGGAGAGCAACCCAAUGGCAACGCAACCAAGUGAAGAACAAGGAAAUUGGAAUCAUGCAAAACCAGCAGCAGAUAUUGAAAUUGUUUGUGCAAUCGUUGGAUCAGCUUCUCCCCAAUCUGGAGGUGCUUCAGGAAAUUCCAAAAAGGAAGUGGGUGGAACCUAUUACCGACCAUUGUUGCAAGCUGCAUUUAAGGGCGAUUGGCAAUCUGCUAAAACAUUUUUCAAACAAGAUGAUGCUUCAAAGACCACCAAAAUAACAAGCAGAUCAGAAACAUUGCUUCACAUAGCUGCUUUGAGUGCACAAGACCAAUUUUUGGAGAAGCUGGUUAAGCUCUUGCAUCAAGAAAAGCUUGAAGCGCUUGAAGAGGUUGAUUGCGAUGGCCGCACAGCCCUCCACAAUGCUGUCCUGUGUGGAAGGAUAAGGAUGGUCAAGGCAUUAGUUAAAAGUAAAUUAAAGUUGACGCAAGUCGCAGAUAAUGAAGGACUUGUUCCGUUGGGAAUAUCUGCUGUGGAAGCUUCUAUGCAUAAGGAGAUUGCCUGGUUCCUGGCGGAAAAUACAACAGAUGAGCAAGGUCAUUUCUUCAGCAGUCCCUCUGCGAUCAAGAUCAUUAUAAAUCUCACCAAGGCUGGUCAUCACGAUAUCACCCUUUAUCUAGUGAGGCGGUAUCCUCAAUUAAUUGACAAGGGAAGAAGUAAGCAUGCUAAUCCCCUUGACAUACUGGACGCGUUGGCGAGGAAUGAGUCUCACUUUCGCAGCGGAACCAGGCUGAGUGUUUUUGAAGCAUUGAUAUACAAAUGUAUUCCAGUGGGCUUGAACAACGAACCAACAAAUAAAAAUUCCGAUCCAGGUUUUCUUUGCAAACUGAUUGUAGCACUUCAAUAUCUUACAAUGUUACUUUGGAAGGCCACCAAAAUUAUAGUUCCUACAAUCAAGAGGAUUCACGAGAUGAAGCUGAGACACGUGGCGGCAAUUGAGUUGGCAAAAAAAGUUUGUGAUGUGAUCUCUCAUGGGGAAACUACUGAGAUAACCGAUGUUUUAGAAAAGAAAGACUUGCUACUUCAAGCUACAAUAUCGGGAGUCACUGAAAUUGUGAAGCUGUGUAUUCAAUAUUUUCCAGAGCUUAUUUUGAAUCGGUCUGAUCGUAAGAGGUUGGUGACAGAAGCUGUGAAGUAUCGCCAAGAAAGGACUCUCAGACUCUUUUUGAAGGUAAGCUCAACCAAUAAGUUGUCAUUAGUUUUAGGACCCACAGACGAAGAAUCGAAAAUGAUGCUGAUGGCAGCAGCAGAGAACAGGGCAAGAGAGUACUACCCUAAUUUUGAUGCGGAAACUAACGUAGCCGGAGUAGCGUUUCAAAUGCAAAGAGAAGUCCAAUGGUAUAAGGCUGUGGAAAGCUGGGUUAUCCCUUUUCAGGCAUCUGCCAACCAUCACAAGAAAACACAUUGGAAUGAAUUCCUGGAGAAACACAAAGAGUUGAUUGAGGAAGCAGAGAAGUCGAUGAAGAACACAGCAAAUUCAUGUAUGCUUGUGUCAGCUCUAAUUGCCGCAGUAUUGUUCGCAGCUGCUUUCACCGUGCCCGGAGGAAAUAACGAUAAAAGUGGAGUGCCGUUGUUGUUAGGACAAGAUUCUUUCCGUAUUUUUGCAAUUUCGGAUACGUUAGGUUUGUUCUCCUCCAUGACGGCCAUCUUGAUAUUCCUAGGCAUUUUAACUUCGCACUAUGAAGCACAAGAUUUUCUCUAUUCGUUGCCUACAAAGAUCAUAAUGGGCCUCUCUUUACUCUUCCUUUCCUUGGCUUCCAUGCUGGUGGCCUUCGUUGCAACUCUCACAAUGGUGCUUCAUAAGAGACCGGACUGGGGUCUAAUUCCCGUCGCUUUGAUGGCAUCUAUCCCAGUGGUUUUGUUCGCAGUAUCACAGCUUCCCCUGCCAUUCCAACUGAUGAGAUCCACUUAUGGACCUAGCAUCUUUCAUCCCGAGGACAUAUGGGAUUGAGUCAAAUAUACAAAACAAGAUUAGGGAUUGACGAAUUUGAUUUGAGGGUGUAUGUCUUCAUUAUAGUUGGUUGUUUGUAGUAGAGCCAAUGCAAUAUUGAAUGUAUUUCCUCAAAGUAUAUGACCAAUUACCAUCCAUUAUGUU